AGGAAGACGGCGAUGAGCUGUACAGAAUAUUGGGAGGAUGCGGAACACCUUGCACACAACCAAGCCGAGUACAAAAAGUUCAAGACACAAGAACAGAAAAUCAUCGACGCGUCAGAUAAUGAGCAACACUCGGAUAGCGCGACGUCUACCACUGGCAAGAAACGAGGGCGCGGCGCCAAUGCACCCGCAACCAACAAAAAGCACAAGAUUGCCGGGAGACACGACUCACCAACUGGGGCAGCUGGAGACAAGACGCGGGUUCCCUCACAAGGCCAGAAGGUUCAGUGGCAGUCGGUGGCAGGAUACAUAACCGGCGAAGUGGUGGAGGUGCUGUACGAGGACAAGAAGGUGGAUGGCAAGUCUGUGAAAGCUACCAAGGAGGAUCCUCGCGUGGUGCUGAAAAGCGAUGCGUCGGGUAAAACCAUCGUUCACAAACCAGAGGUUGUGUAUUGG